AUGAAUAUUUUUAUUUGGAGUCUUUCAUUAACUAUUAUAAUACUGUCUUAUUUUUUUAUUUCAUUCAAUAAUAUUCAAUUUCAUAAGUAUAACAAUGCUACAUUGACCCGUUUACCAUUUAUUGAUUUACCUCAUUUUAAUUAUAAUGGAAAAUGUGGAGAAUUAUUUCAAUAUCCACCAAGUUCACAAAGAGAUUUAAUAAUGUAUAGUCAUGCACAUUCACCUUUAUGGAAUAUUCAACAAUUUGAAAUAGAACAAACAUUAACGAUAAUGAGAGCGUCAUUACCUAAUGUCACUGCUGUUGUAUUUACUAUUGGAGAGAUUCCAUUGGAAUUUUCAAAUUUAAUGAAAAGGUUUAAUGUUAUUGAAGUACCUGGUGAUAUAAAAUACGAAAAUUGGAAUGGUGUUAAUGCAAGAAUACCAUUAGCCUUAGAAUAUUUAAAAAAUCAUCAAAACCAAUAUGAUAGAGUAAUAUGGAGUGAUUUAAGAGAUGUUUUUUAUUUUACUGAUAUUUUUAAAACAUUUUCAUCAAAUGAUUUGUAUUGGCUUGCAGAAAGUACUGGAACAAAGAAUUUUACUUUUUAUAAUAGAUAUCCUCAUUUUGUUUGGAUGUUAAAUUUUAAAGGAAAGAAAAUGACUAAAAAAUUUAUGGAAAAUGGUAAUGUUGGUUUAAAUGGUGGUUUAGGAAUGGGUGGUAUUCAUAAAAUGAUACAAUUUCUUAAUAAAUGGAAUGAUUUAAUUGAAUUUGAAUAUGUAAGUAAAUGGGGAUAUGACCAAACUUUAUUAAAUUUAUUAACUCUUAAUGAAUUUGUUAGUAAUAACCUUCAUUUAAGUAUUGAAAAAUGUACUCAAAGAAUGUGUUUCAUUCCUGAUCAACUUUCUUUUAAUAAUGGAGUUGCUUAUUAUCCAUCAGGCUGUAGUCCAAUAGUAACACAUAAAGGUGUUCCAGAUUCAUGGAGAAGUGUUAAUGGAAGUGUUGCUGUACCAGAAGAUAAAUAG